GCUCGCCGGAUGGUGCUGGCGCGUUCAUACAACCUAUGGUGUCCAUUUGUGCUGUUGAAAGUGUGCCUUUAAAUAGUUGGUUUCAGCGUUCUCAGAUCAAAAUUUAGAUCGCGAUACUCGUUCUAUGAGCCGGAAAAUCUUUAGCGAUCACAUGAGAGCGCAGAUGCUGAGAUCCAUAAGUAUCGAGAAGCGUCGGAGAUCCAUGGUGCAGAAGUAGCGUGAAAACGGUCUCUAGGAUGAAGAUCAGCAAAAUGAUGAUGGAUCAUCAUGGCCGCUAGCCACAAACAAGAUCCCUAGUGAGACGAUCCAAAAUGACAAAUUUAGAUCCUUUGUCUGUGGAACUAUGCACAUGGCCGUAGUCACUGCGAAGGUAGCCGGUAGAUUCUCGCUCUAGAAGAAAUACGGAUCCUUGUCCUUAUUUCGAACGCUACUUCCAUAACUGCUUUUACACCUAAAUUUAUCUGCACCUUUUUAAAUCUUUCGCCCACAGGGACACUUACUCGAGACCGUAAGUUAGAGCUCAACAGUAGCACAAGAUGGGAAAGCCGCGUGGGAUCCGUACCGCCCGUAAGUUGGUGAACAGCCGCCGUGAAAACCGGUGGGCCGACAAGGACUACAAGAAGGCCAACUUCGGUAUAUGUCCUUUGCUAACAUCGCAUACCGCGUUUUUUUUUGCUGUCAAGCACUUCAGCAGAAUGAGUGUGCUACUAUAUUUCCGCCGCGCAAGGAUGAGAAAUUUGAAUUUUCUCCGAGCCGCUUCACUACUGGUGUAGCGACGAUGGGGAAUUUUUUCAAAAUAUCCUUUAAGUUUCAAACUGACAAUUUUCGCGGACUAGCAAGUGAAAUUGUAAACUGACCGGAUCUUGCAAAUGGCACAUGUACAACUAGGAUUUCUUAAGUUGGCAUGGGAACGAGGUAAUGAAGAGCGUUUCAAAAAAAAAAUUAUCUAAACCGCAAUUUUAAUCAUCAUCUUCCCAGGCUCCGUGUACAAGUGCAAUCCGUUCGGUGGUUCCUCCCACGCUAAGGGCAUUGUGGUUGAGAAGAUCGGAAUUGAGGCCAAGCAGCCGAACAGCGCCAUCCGUAAGUGCUGCCGCGUGCAGCUGAUCAAGAACGGAAAGAAGAUCGCCGCCUUCGUCCCGAACGAUGGUUGCUUGAACUUCAUCGAUGAGAACGACGAAGUCCUGAUCGCCGGUUUCGGUCGCCGCGGCCACGCCGUCGGUGAUAUCCCCGGUGUCCGGUUCAAGGUAUAGCUUUGAGUCAAUCUCUGGAUAGAUUUUGGUUUUGUUUGCAUGUGCACCGUAGUGCCCUUGUGCUGUCGGACUGCGAGUUGAGAUCAUGGUUUUGCUCUUUUAAAUGUGAAGGUAUUUUUGUCGUAUGUGCUGUUGCACGAUAUUCAAUCAAACCUAAAUCAACAGGUCGUCAAGGUGUCCGGUUGCGGUCUCUUGGCCUUGUACAAGGAAAAGAAGGAGAAGCCGCGUAACUGAGCAGUUUGGUUUUACCAGCAGCAACGCUUGUUUCAGCAACAAUCCUCAAGAACUCUGCUUGUGCUACUGAAAAUGAACCCAUAAUGAACCACAUUUUUUGUGUGUAGUCUCGAGAGCUAAAAAAGAAACGCGAGAGAGCCGUCAGCGCUGUGCUUCGAGCGCCCGGGUUGUCAAUGG